UUUCCUGUAAAUGAUCAUGGGUUUUCUUGUAGCUGUUUGGUCUUACUAAAUUGCAGUAAGCGUGCAAUAGAGGAAAAUCUGUUCUUUUUUUUUCAAGCAGUUUCCCCAUGUAAGAGGCAUUUUUUGCUCUGGGCAGCUGCAUCAGGGCAGGAAAGGUAAGGAGCAUCUCCUGGUUCAUUGUCAGCUGGGUGGAAACAAAGGUCACCAUGGACCAGGGUCUACCCCCAGUCGGAGUCCAUGAAUUGGGGCAGAAAGGUCACAAGUGAAGUAGCAUUCUGAAAAGUGAUGUAUUGGGUAGGGCAAUGGUGUGCAUGCCUAAAUCGCUUUCUCAGCCAGGAAGGUCUGGGUUGGUUGAGAUAAGAAAACGCAAGUUCACAAGGCCAGAGAAGCCCCCUAACCUCUUUUGAAGUUGAUUCUUAGCAGAGUGGAAAACUCUAGACCGCAGCCCAAAAGUGUCCGAGGAGCAGGGCAGCCAAGAGGUAGAAGCAUCCUGGCCUAUCUGUUGUGCCAAAGGAGAGAGCUAAUGGAGAAGCUUAAGACGAUAGUGGACCUGCACUUGAAGCACUACGGCGUACUGGGUUACGGUCUGGUGACUGCGCUGACUGCGGGGCUGGAGCGCAUCUUCUCCUCCGUGGUGUUCCAGUGCCCCUGCAGUGCUACCUGGAACCUGGCCUACGGGCUGGUGUUCCUGCUGGUACCCGCUCUGGCGCUCUUCUUCCUGGGCUACCUGCUCAGCGCUCGCACUUGGCGCCUGCUAACCGGAUGCUGCGCGCCGGGCGCCUGCACCUGCUGCUGUGACAAGGGGCUACGCGGGGUCCUGGUGUUUGCGCAGCUCAGCGGGACGGCUGCCGUUGCGCCCCUCACCUGGGUAGCCGUGGCGCUGCUCGGGGGUGACUUCUAUGAGUGCGCCGCCAGUGGGACCCAGGUCUUGGUGCGGCGCCUGUGCUCUGGCCACGGGGACCCCAACUGUACCACCUUGCUGCCUCUGGUGCCCUGCGGGGAUAAACAGGCGGAGAACCUGAUGGACUUCAAGAAGAAUCUCAAGGCACAGUCGCAGGUAGCGGGCUGGAUCCUGAUAGCAGCAGUUAUCAUCGGCCUUGUGAUUUUUGUGUCUAUCACGCGAUGCCGAUCUCCAGUUAGUAUUCUGCAGCUGAAAUUUUGGAAAAUCUAUUUGGCGCAGGAGCGGAAGAUUUUCGAAAAUCAGGCCACAGAGCAUGCAACCAAAUUGGCAGAAAAUAAUGUAAAAUGUUUCUUUGAGUGCUCACGUCAAAAGGGGGAAUACAAAACCCCAAGCAUGAAAGACUGGAAGCAGAUUUCAGCACUAUACACCUUCAGUCCAGAAGAACUGCACUAUAGCACAGUGCACAAGUUUGUUAACAGAGAAGAAAACGCUGACGGAAAUGAAAGUUCUGAAGGAAAAACAAUGGUUUCUGCUCUUCACUUUGUAGAUUCAUUUGCUUUAAACACCACUCUUGAUUUAUAACUUUAUGAAUGAAUAGGGGAAAAGGGUUCUUUAAAAUUAUUGCUUCUUGAAAAAAAUAAACAUUAAUAUUGUUUAUGCUGGGUUUUUUGUCUUCAAAUUACAGACACAUGGAAUUUUUAGAUCUGAAAUAGAAAUUCAGAAUUUUACCUAUGUUAUAUUAUUAAAAAGGGAAAUGAAGUUAAAUGAUUCAUUGAAAUUAACAAACUUAAACUGGAGAGACACUUUUAUAUCCUUCAUCUAGGAUCACUUUUAUUGAAUGAUAUUGCUGCUUCCAAAUAAAAGAAUUUA